AUGGCUGAAGCGCAGCUGCCGCCGCCCAACUUCGCCGUGGUCUGGUCUGGUGUCUUCCGCUCCGCCUUCCCAGUCCAGAAGAACUUUGGCUUCCUGAAGCAGCGCGGCCUCCGCUCGGCGCGGCCGUGCCCCGCUGCCGCCUCUGUGGUGUACCUGUGCCCGGAGGAGUACCCAGAGACGCACCUCCGCUUCCUCGAGGCGGAGGGCAUCGCGCUCCACCAGUUCGGGAUGACGGGCAGCCGCUGGAACAAGGACCUGGACGAGAUGCCAGAGGAGGUGAUCCAGCGCGCGCUCGACGUCGUGCUUGACUGCGCCAACCACCCCGUGCUCAUACACUGCAACCAAGGCCACCGCACCGGCUGCCUUGUCGGCUGCUUGCGCCGCAUGCAGCGCUGGCGCGUCGCCGCCGUACCUCACGGGGACGCAACGCGCGGCGCCUGCUCACACCGGUUGUGUGGCAGCAGGUCGAUGAUCGCCAUCUUUGACGAGUACCGCCGCUUUGCAGCCGACAAGGCGCGCCGGCCCCACCGGGCCCAUGUCGAGAACAGAUGA